AUGGGUUCGGAGAAGGAAACGUUUAGCUCGACGGGCCCGUCGUUUUUAACGGCCAUCGACUGGAGCAACUCGAACCACCGGAGGUCCGUGGCCGCCAGCCUGGUCCAAGGCGUGUACGUGCUCGAGUCCGACCGCCAGCAAAACCGUCAGGGCCCGCGAGCCCUGGCCCCACCUUGGUGGGAGUUCUUCGGUUUUCGGCUUGCCCAAGUCUUAAUCGACGACCACGACCAAUCCUAUUUCGGCGCUGUUUUCGAGUCCAACCGCCACCCGGGCCCUCCUUACCCGGGCCACGCCGGCCCGCGGGCCCCACAGUGCGUGGUGGCCUUCCGGGGCCCGAUCUAUAGGCCCGACACGCGUGCCGAGGACCUCAAGCUCAACCUCGGCUGCCUGGCCAACAGCCUAAACGGGAGCUCGCGGUUUCGGGUCGGGUUUGGGCCGGCCCGUGAGGCUGCGUCCCGGUUUGGGCUCGGAAACGUCUGGCUCGCGGGCCACUCGGUCGGGUCGUCGGUCGCCCUCCUCGUGGGCCGGGAGAUGGCCAAGUCCUUUGGGGCCCACCUCGAGACGUACCUGUUCAGCCCGCCGUUCGCGUCGGCCCCGAUCGAGCGGAUCAAGAGCGAGAAGGUGAAAACGGGCCUCCGGGUCGCGAACAGCGUCCUCACGGCCGGGUUGGCCCUGGCUGCGGGCUCGAAGGCCCGUGAGGAAGGCCCGUUCGCGGCCCUGGCGCCGUGGGUGCCCUACUUGUUCGUCAACCGGUCGGACGUGGUUUGCUCCGAGUAUGUCGGGUAUUUCGAGCAUCGGGAGAAGAUGGAGGCUAUUGGAGCUGGAAAAAUCGGGCGGCUCGCGACCAAGCACUCGUUGGGGAGCAUAGUGUCGGCCGCGCGAGGGAAGGAAUCGGAGGCGGCCCACCUGAUCCCGUCCGCGUACUUGAGCAUCAAUUGCGGGCCGAGUUCGGGCUUUAGGGAAGCCCAUGGGAUUCAUCAGUGGUGGAGGCAAGAUUUGGAGUUGAGGUACAAGUUGUAUCAGUAUAAGUGA